AUGGACGAAGAGUUCAAGAAAGAAAUCAGGCGUAUCAUCAGUGAUCGCAUUGCUGUGGUUGCAAAAGAUCUCCACAAGAAAGGGCGGCGUUGGGCUGAUAUGUUCACUGAAGUAGAUACGCGAGCCAUACAAACAUGUACAAUUGAGACCACCGGUGAGAGUGAGCAAGAAGCUGCAGAGCGAGAAGGAAAACGAAAGGAGAAAGAUAUGAAGAGAAUUUGUGAAAAAGGCAGUAGCGAAACUCGUCGGUAG